AUGGAUUCACCAUACGCCCCUGCUUGGAACGAGUUCCUCCGCGAACUCAACGACCCUCUUCUCAUGCCCAGCUCCACCGUCGACGGGCUCUUCCGUGACUCGGAACGCAACGCCCAAAAACUCCUCGCGAAGUACAACCUUCCACCCCCCGACACUACCGUCUCCACUGAGGACAUCACCCUCCAAGACGUCUGGGUGCGCAUCUACACCCCAGCCUCCCCCUCCGGUCACGAGCCCAUCACUAUCUUCAUGCACGGCGGCGGCUGGAUCAUGGGCAGCGUGGACCACGAAGACGCCGCCUGUCGCCGCAUGUGCAGGGCCACGCGCCUCAAGAUCGUGAGUAUCGGCUACCGCCUCGCACCGCAAUUCAAGUUCCCCACGGGCCUUGAAGACUGCGUACGCGCCACGCUUUGGACGCUGGCGCAGUUCGGCGUCGGCUCGGUCGUACUGGCGGGCGGGUCCGCGGGCGCCAACCUCGCCUUUGGCGUCGCGCUGAAACUCAUCGAUGCCGGGCUGGGAGAGAGGGUGAAGGGGGUUGUGGCGCUGGUGCCGUGUACGGUGCAUCCGGAUGCGGUGCCAGCGGACAAGAAGGCGUCGUUUACUGCGUGGGAAGAUUGUGCGAAUUCCACGGUCAACACGAGGGCGGCGAUGGAGUGUUUCCUCGAGGCGUAUCGCCCGCCUCCGUCGGAUACGUACUUCUCGGUGCUGCUACAUCCGCGGCUCAAGGACCUACGGAAGGUGUAUAUCGUGGAGUGCGGGACGGAUACCUUGAGGGAUGAUGCGCGGUUGAUGAAGGAGGCGUUGGAGGAGGCGCAGGUGCCAGUCCGGUAUGAUGCGUAUCCAGGCUUUCCGCAUUAUUUCUGGUCGUAUCCGUCCCCGGUGCUGGCGGCUGCUUCGGAGGAGUUUCAUGAGAAUUUGUUUCUGGCGCUGGAGUGGGCGAAUGGUAGUUGA